CAACCAUGCAUUUAGUGAGAACAUGGCAAACAGCAUUGUGUUAAUCAGCGCGGCGACGCUAGUCGUGCUGUUCGUUGUAACAGUUACGGAAGCGUGCGACCCAUCUCCGACGACCGCUUCUGGAUGGAAAGCUCCGGCGGGCCCGUACUGCUCUGGACAACUAAUUUUCGAAGAUAAUUUCGACUAUCUGGACAGAUCCGUUUGGGAACACGAAAAUACCGUUGGUGGAGGAGGGAACAACGAGUUUCAAUGGUAUUCCGGCAGCGAUCGUAACUCGUACAUAAAAGAUGGUCGUCUUGUUCUCCGACCUACGCUGACAGCCGACGAAUUCGGCGAGGAUUUCCUCUCAUCCGGUACGAUCAAUUUGUGGGAUCAGGAUGAUUUUAACAGAUGUACUGAUGCUCCCGACUGGGCUGAACAGAUCAUGGGAUGCUAUCGUCAAGGUAGCCCAGAGUAUAUUUUGAACCCAGUUCGAAGUGCUCGGCUGCGAACGCACAAUUCAUUCGGAUUUAAAUUCGGAAAGCUGGAGAUUCGUGCCAAACUACCAGCUGGGGACUGGAUCUGGCCUGCCUUGUGGUUGAUGCCAAAGGAAGACUAUUACGGCACGUGGCCUAGGUCGGGGGAAAUUGAUCUGAUGGAAUCACGAGGUAACCGUGAACUUUGGCUAAACGGCCAAAAUAUUGGUGUCCAGCAGGCAUCAUCAUGUGUGCACUUUGGACCCGCCUGGGACUACCGCGCCUAUCUGUGUAACUCCGAGUCUCGGGAAGGUUUCUACUACUUCUUCUACAACUAUCAACUCAUUUGGACAGAAAAUGUAAUGCAGUUCGCCAUCAACGAUCAAGUCUAUCAUACGAUCACACCGUACGAAGGUUUCUGGAGGCUAGGUGGAUUCAGUUACAACCCAUGGGAAGGAGCCACUAAUAUGGCUCCGUUUGAUAGGGAGUUCCAUCUGCUGCUGAACGUUGCUGUUGGAGGCGACUAUUUCCCUGAUGCUGCUUCGAAUCCGCACCCGAAACCUUGGUAUUACGGGCAAUCGACGGCGAUGACCAGCUUCUGGAAUGCUCGAGGAGAUUGGUACAGCACCUGGGGUGAAGAAGCCGCUAUGGAGAUUGAGCACGUGAGAGUGUGGGCACUGUAAAAAUCAAUGUGUGAGGAAUCAAUGAGAAAUAAAGCAAUGCAAUGGUCUGUAAGAACCUUUUUAUAA